GAGUCUAACCCAUCUAAUUUGGAUAUAUGUCAUGAUUUGAUAACCUUCACAUCACCCAUUCCUGCUAAAACCAUAUUAUUGAAAGAGAAGGAAGAAAAUGAAUUCCCAGAUUCAAAGCCUAUAAGAAAAAGGAAACAGAUCAAACUCCAGCAGAAAUUGUCCAAUACUUUUUUGGAGCCAAGUUCACAAGAUCACUCUAUAUCAAAAAAUAUUAAACCUGGACAUAUUAUGGAAUAUAUGGGAUUGAUGUUAUGUGACACAACCAUAGAUGCCGAAGAUCGAGCUUUCAAGGCUAAUCAGGAAGAAAUUAUGUGUUGGUCUCUUUAUGCAGGAGUUUUGAAUUUCAAGUUGAUAAGAUGA